GCGAAGUACUUCAACGCGAAGCAUACUAUAAUAGAGUUUAAGAUAGGGGAUAUAGUACUACUGUCUACUAAGAACCUAAGAUUAAAGGUACCUACGAAGAAGUUCGUAAAUAAGUUCGUAGGACUAUUUAAGGUAAUUGAUAUCGUAGGGAAGCAGGCGUACUGCCUAGCCCUACUAGUAGGAUCUUAG